CUGACUUGUUGACAAUAUUUUGUUAGAAAUCACGUACCAAAAGGAUAUUUAUUCUCUUGGCUAACAGCUUCUGUAAGCAAGGUAGGUGAAUCUUACAGUUUUGUUCAUAGGUUCAGUGGAGAAAACAUUGAUUAGUUUUCUGGCUUGUAAGAUGGCAGCCAAUCCUUGGGCCAAGUUGCUGCACCAGUAUCAGACAAUACUCUUCAUGCUGGUAAUAGCUGAAUAUUUUCUUUUGCCAACUGCAGAUUUUGAUCUUAUGUACGUUUUGAUAGCUUAGUUUGCUGCUGUAAUUAAUUAGAUAAUUUAAGGCAAAGUAAAGUUAACUGGAGUGUUAACUGGAACACAGGAGUGUUCCUGCUUUGCUUGUGAGGAGUGCUGUUAGACAUUACAGACUUGCUUCUCUCCAGCCAUAAAGGGGGCUAUGUGUUAACAUGAUCAUUUAGGCUUUGCCCCUAGUCAGUGCUAAUCUCUCCAAUUUUCUGCUUCUCUCUGAGGAUGACAAAAAUGGCUGCAUUUCUCUCUAUACCAGAAGCAUCAAUGACUAGGGCACACAUAGAAUUAAUCUUACUUCUAGGCCUCCAUGUGUGCUGCAGUGCACACAGCCUGUUGUCCUGCAAGUGCCUGUGGACUGGAGGUUUUCUCUUGCCAUAAGAGCUUUUCCUACUCACCGUCACUCUUCCUGAUCAGUUACCCUUAGGAGGCCAUGAUAAUAUGCUGAUUAAAACUGUUCCAGGAUUUUUCCACAUGAAAAGUUUUUACAGGCUCUAAAAUAGGAAAGAGUCAAACAUAUUUCCUGAACUGCUGAAUGCCUUGAAGCUCUAGCAGAGCUAGGUACUCAUCCUUUUGUCAUUCCUGCUUUCUCAUCUUGGACCACUGGCUCCUGAGCCAUGUAGUCUUGAGUCCUGAAGCACAGCACCUACAUCAGAAACGUGCUGUGGCAACCAGAGUAAUUAAGGGCAAUCAUACUCCUUUCACAUUUUUUAUAUGGUGCAGCAUCAAUUACUAGAACUAGCAAAGUAAUGCUCAAUUCACUAAAAACUCGAGGGAGUAAAAGAUUGUGGAGACAAGUGCAAGGCUGUGUUCACCUUUAAGGAGAUCAGCACAACUGAGGAACAGUCAUGCUCAUCUAACAGGGCUGUUUUCAGAUUGCUUCAGGUAUGAGCACAGGCAUUCUGAGAAUUCUGCUUUGUGGGUUUCAGCUUCAUUAUUUUUUUUUCUCUAAAAUGGUUCCUCAAAUCACAUAAACAUAACAGUGCAAAGAAGAAAAGAAAUAGAGGUGUAUGAACACGUGACAGAAACUAGUGAGACGUAACUGGCAGCCAGAGACAUGCACAGACAUGGUGAAGUGUAAGCAUGCAGAUAAACUGUUUUGCCCACGCCCAAGUCAGACACAAAACAGCUUUGGAGAGCUACAGAGCACUGGAUCACCGAGUAACUAGCUUCAAAAAAUCUUCACCAUGUUCCUUGCUAAAGCUUUGCUGAGCGGAGGAAGUGGUAGUAGUCGUGGAGGAAGCCUUGCACGUGGCCUUGGAGGGCUCCUAACAGGAGGUGGAGGUGCAGGGAAUAUUGGAGGACUUGUUGGAGGUCUCGUCAAUCUUAUAAGUGAAGCGGCAGCUCAGUAUAAUCCAGAGCCACCUCCACCUCCUCGCAAUCACUUUACAAAUGUGGAAGCUCAGGAGAGUGAUGAGGUCAGACAGUUCCGUCGCCUGUUUGCCCAGCUGGCUGGAGAUGAUAUGGAAGUGUGUGCCACAGAGCUGAGGGACAUCCUGAACAAAGUCCUUUCCAGGCACCAAGACUUGAAGACGGAUGGCUUCAGCUUGGACACCUGCCGUAGCAUGGUCGCCGUGAUGGACAGCGACGCAAGCGGCAAACUGGGCUUUGAGGAGUUCAAGUAUCUGUGGAACAACAUCAAGAAGUGGCAGUGUGUGUACAAGCAGUAUGAUACCGAUCGGUCAGGCACUGUUGGGAGAGCCCAGCUGCCAAACGCCUUGAAGGCUGCGGGGUUCCACCUGAACGAGCAGCUGUGCCAGGUGAUCGUGCGCAGAUACGCCGACGACAACGGCAGCAUGGAUUUCAACAGCUUCAUCAGCUGCCUGGUGCGGCUGGACAGCAUGUUCAGGGCCUUCAAGUCCCUGGACCGAGAUGGAAGUGGGCACAUCAAAGUGACCAUUGAAGACUGGCUGCAGCUGACCAUGUAUUCAUGAAGGUGUGGCAAAGAAGCAGCUUUGUGUGGAAGAGACGUGGAGGACUACAGUCCUCUUCUGUACAACUGUAGUCUUUGCCUUUAGUCUUUCUAAGGCAGGCGUAGCUGGCGGUAGAUGGCUCAGCUUCAAGUGUACUGAUUCUCUUGUGCAUGCACUAGUCUGCUUUUCUGAGGGGUUUGUGUAGGUUGUUGAUUGGGCAGUUGCAUAAGUCUGUCUUCAGAAAAUUCUAGACUCUAAGGUUAGGGAAUGUAUUGGAAAGAUCAAAGCUUAGUUACUUCUUGUAAAGUGGCUUGUA